AUGUCUGCUUUGACUCUGUGCGCGGUAUUCAGCGCAUUCUCGAUUGUACUCGUCUUGCAGAGGCUCUUGUCUUCUUGGUCGCACGCAUACAGGGCAUACUUUCGCACGAAACUGCAUUACUCUUGCUCUCCUGUAUCUUUGCUUGUGAAAUGCUCCCUGUGCCAGAAUUCAAUCAUCACAGACGGCGCAUCCAAGUAUCAGAAUGAGUCUCUGAAGACAUUUGUGGAGAACAGGUGUCCUUCGUUGAGCAGCUCUCCAUUUAUGCCAGCGUGGUGGCUUUUCAACGGUCACUUACAAACUUGCUACUCCGUCGUGGGCGACUUCUCAACAGUGGACAAGAUCGAAUAUCAGAGGACUCUUUUACGAACGGCGGAUGGGGGCACCCUUGGUUUGGACUUUACACCACCUGAUAGUGCGCAAGACGACAGGCCCAUUAUCGUUGUACUCCAUGGAUUGACGGGUGGGUCGCACGAGGCUUACGUGCGUGCCGUUCUCUCUGUCGUAUGUGCACCAUCAGAAAGCGGCGGACUUGGCUACCGGGCUGUAGUGGUCAAUUCCCGCGGAUGUGCAGGGGUUCCAAUCACUAGUCCUCAAUUCUACUCUGCUGGAGCUACAGAUGAUGUUCGAGUCGCAAUAUACUAUAUCCGAAGGCGAUAUCCUCGCGCUAUCCUACUGGGCUUGGCCUUUUCUGUGGGUGGAAAUAUCUUAACGCGAUAUGUGGCAGAGGAGGGCGAGAGCUGCCGUCUGGCUGCUGCCUGCGUUCUAGCUUGUCCUUGGGACUUGCUGAAGAACAGUGAUGCACUCGAACGCAGGUGGCUCCAUCGCAUCAUCUACUCCAAAGCACUAGGAACGAACCUGCAAAGCGUCAUCAAGGGGCAUGCCGCAUCUCUGCGCCAGUUCCCCGGACAUCCCGUAGAACAAGCGCUCGAGCCCUGUCUCGCGCUGUCGUCUCCUACGAUGGAAAUGUUCGAUAACACAUUUAACUGCAUCGCUGGCGGGUCAUCGCCGCCAUUCCCAUUUCCGGACGCACGAGCGUACUAUACAUGGGGGUCGAGCCACCAGAUGCUCCCACAGAUUCGGGUGCCGUUCCUCGCGAUUAAUGCGCAGGACGAUCCAAUCGUGCAAGUGUUCCCGACUGAUGCUGGCGGGAAUGGAUAUGUUGUACUUGCGGUCACGAAGAUGGGCGGGCAUUUAGGCUGGUUUCAGGCCGAAGGCGCACUCGCCAUGGGCCCUAUAACGAGAUGGUUUAGCAAGCCAGUCACAGAGUGGUUACGAGCCGUCGGGGAAGACUUGGUUAUAUGCGGGCGGUCUGAGAAGCCGCUUUGCGAGGUGGAUGGAUUCUUGAAGGAAGUGGGACGCGACGAUAUUGGAUGCAUAGAGAUGGAGGCUGGUCAGCGUGUGAGUGGCAUAGAGGGAGAGGCUGGGGUAUUGCAGGGUUUAUAA